UAAAAAUAAGAUUAACAAUUAGGUUUCAUUUUUUGUAUAUAAUACACAUACACAAAACCAUGAAACAUAAAUCAGCAAUAUUAAUUUUCACAUUGUUUCAUUGAUGGCUGAAGCCAACAAACUAUUUAUAAUAAUUUUUCAAAUAUACACAAAAAUACACUGAAAAAGUGCAUACACAUACAAUAUACACUCAAACAUAUUGGUACAUAAAUCAUGAAUAACUAACCGAUUAUUAAUUGAAGGAAAAAAUAAAUUUGGCAUCUACUUCCGGGUUUAAAAUGUCGUACGUCACUCACCUCUCGAUGAACUUUGCUCGGUUCCCACCAACAAUCACGACAUCGCUUCAGCUGAACGUUGGAAUGGUUGGCUAUUUCAGUAUAAGCGAAUCCCGCCCAGGGACAUCGUCUGCAGUGAACGUAAGGCGAACGAAAGGAUUUGUCGACGCCAUUUGAAGUCAAAAUUCUGGCGGACUGUUUGUCCGAGUCUCUUGACCGUUGCUAAAAAGAGAGCGGUGAUGACGUAACGCGUCAGCCUUUUCGUACAGUACAGUACUUUCAUGCAGUUUCAGCUUAAAAGUGCUAAUUUAUGUAAUUAUAAGCAAAAGACUGCAACAACUACUGCUUCGCUAGCUGGCAGCAACCUUGAGCUUCAAAGUGGACAAAUUUUGACAAUUAGAGUUAUCCCCCUUUGGUCAGAAUCAUCCAAGCUCCUCACAGCGAUAGCCCGUUCGCGGAGCUAUAUAUUAUGUUACCGAGAGUGUAACGAAGGUGUCACGCGCUGGGAAGGAGCUUGAGAAUCAUCAGGUUACAUGUUGAUGUGACGAUAUGACUUGGGGACAAGGGCGUCGAGAGUUUUAAUUGUCAAAAUCACACCAUAUAUGUUUCAUAAGAAAUAAGACGAACAUAUUUGUAGUUCCAUGGAGUUGUUUACACCAGAGCGUCUAAUUUACAAAGAUGAUUUACAUCCGAGAUUACAACAGAGAUGCUAAAAUAUUAGAUCUAGAUCUACUAGAAAAUAAACAAGGUCAACCAUGCCGUAUAUAUUUCAGUGCGGAUGCCAAUGAUGAAGUUAAUGGUAUGAGCUGGGUCACGUUGACGGGCUUUGCAGCUUACAAUGCAAGUUACAUAAAAGAUGGUGUCCCAUUAUCACACCGUAUUUGGAAAAUAUUGACCUUGAACAUCACGCUUACAACCGGAAGUAACACUAUCGCGUGAUGUUGUCAUUGACAACGGCAUCAUUGUUAGCGCCAUUAGCCAACACAGAGGAAGUUUUCAAGCGCCAAUAUUUCAAAAUGGAAUCACCUCGCAGGAGAAAGCUGCUACUCUAUGAUGAGGAAAUCGACAUAACUUACUUUGAGAUGAAAGCAUGGAAGGCAGUGGUCCACACAGUCGUGGCAGCAAGUCAGUUGUAUGCUGACAAAAUCGACCAGGGAAGAGAAAUACUCAAUUUUUUCUGUAAACUGGGCAUUCAACACGGGAAAAAGAGAUAUUACUCUCAGCCAAGAGCAGAGAGAUUUAACCAAUGCCUGACAAAGAUCAGUGACUUCCACAAAGCAGUCCUAGGGGAUAUGGUUAAACACACAGGCCCAGAUGGACCAUUUGGAGACCUGCUAAUGUCAGACAAUCAUGUGUUUGAGCAACUCCUGAGAAGAGCCGCUGCCAUGAAGAAAACUCAUCUGAAGCUGGAGAAGAAGGCAGCCAAAGCAUGGAAGUACUAUGGACGCAGGGUAAGGAAGAAAGAGGACCUGUAUACAAAACUGUCUGGCACCAUGACUGAUGAGGAUAUAGAGCUGGACAGAAAAUACACCAGCUUCAAAUCCAAAACUGAUGCUGCCUUGACAAGAUAUAACAUCUUCUUCGCAGAUGAAGUCAACGAACGCGAAGGCCUGGCUCAAAAAACCGAGAGUCUCAAAGAAGACUUUCUGGAACAAGAAAAAGAGAAGCUUGACGCAAUGUUUUCCUCCAUCUGUAACCUUGUAGAGAGGAUGGAGAAACUAGCCCCUGCAUCACUGGGCUGUCUGGAUUAUGAACCAGAAGAUGCCGACACAACAGCAAUGGCUAGAGAAAUGUGGGAAUCCUCCCUGAAAAAACACACAUUCCCAAAACAUCAGGCUUCAGAUUACCCAACUACAGAGGAUGUGGAUGAAGCCACUGAAGAUGCUGAUUCAGAUGAUGAGGACAAGGAAUCAGUUGAUGAUGAAGACUCGGAUGAAGAAUCAGACAACACAUCUCUCCAGAGUAGGAAGAAGGAAAUCACUGUGGGAAGCCUUGCUGCUCCAAAGAAUGACCCUCAUCUUGCUGAAGUCCUGGAAGAAAUCCUGAUGUCUGACAAUGAUGAACCUGCCCAAGAGAAAUCACACACUCCAGAUAGAGCGUCCACACCUACAACAGGUGCUGAUGUCAUUCUGCCCGAAUCUCCUCGAUGGAAUAGAGGAGUCGACAACCUCAUCAGACAGAGAUCCACUAAUACCUUCCAAAGUGCAAGACAUGGACAUAAAUCGGCUCCAAUCAGGAAGGACACGAAGGUACAAGAUCUCAAGGUGGGAUCAGAUUACCAACCCCCAUCACCUAUUGAGCAAGAGUGCUUACAGAAAUCUUCUCUACAGAAAGAAUUGUCGGCAGAACAUGUACAACCUCAGCAUACUGUACACACCAAAGCUCAGCCUGGUCAACCUAACCUUGCAUCUGGUGCCCGUAGACGUCGCAGGGCAGCCAAGGUGGUUCAGAGUCACUCCCCAGGAUGUGACAGCUCAUCCUCUACAGCACUAGGACAUAGCAAUAAACAGAAGUCACCCAUAGUAAAGGAAUCAUCAGCAAACAGAUUGGACAGACCAAAGGAGGGGUGCACAUCUAACUCUUCUGGCACAGGACCCCAGCCCAGUGUGUCAACGAUGAGCAGAGUGUCAGUCUUUGCUGUCCAGAACUGGAAGAAGACAAGCCCCAACCAGAUCAGCCUUCGUGUGGGCAUGAAGAUCAAGCAGACUAGAGCGGCUGGUGCUGAUGGCAUGGCCUAUGGCUACAAGAAGAACAAGCUCGGGGUGAGGAUACACGGCUCUUACCCUGCUGGGCUGGUCUCCCUGUGUGUGCCAGCCACUGCAUCUCACCCUAACCAGUAAACCACGCCCUCAUUAUGAGCCUGGAACAUGGACCUGUGUUGAUAGUAUGAUACUAUAAUAUGUUGGGUUCAAAAAGUAUAGAGGAAUAAAUGCACUGUAAUAAUGGUUUAUUUAUUCUUGAUAAUAUAUUUUCUAUCUUUGUUUUAAACACAUAUUUCAGUUUUUUGUUUUGAAUGGAAUGGAAUUAUGAUUAGUGAGUGUGUUACUUACAUACCAUAUGUAUUUUGUAUAUGUGCUUUUCUUAUUUAAGAGUAUCAUUAAGUCUUUUGAUGCUAAAAAAAUGUUUUUGUCGAAGGGAGGCUAGAUAUAUUUCUUUUGAAAACUAGUGGAUAUGCGAAUAAGAUCAAAUACAAAACAAAUAUAUGGUAUACCCAUUGAGUAAUGAUUUCUUUGUGUACAUAAAUAUCAACUGUUUAUCAAUAUGCAUCUAUGAAAUUAAGGCAUCUGAUACAGUAGCUAUAUUAAAACAAUUAUAUAUAUAUAUAUAUAUAU